CAGCCUAUAUGGUUCCUUGCUUGGCACGUAGUUUGCUGAAGGGAAAAUUGAAGCAUGGAAAUUCAACACCUGUAAAUAAAAGUCCAAAGUAAAAAAUAAAUAUAAAAAUAGUCAUGAAACUCGCCACUGUGGCCUUUUACGGGUUGGCUCUGGGGCUGCUGGCGGUCGGCCUGCGAGAGUUGCUGACUGGCUUCGAGGAGAACAGAUGCAGCAUGACCUAUAUGUUUGAAUACCCAGAGUACCGGCGUGUGGCCCUGCCUCGUCGUGUGGCCAGACUGUACCCAGCAUACGGGCUCUACCUGUACGGAGAGGGCCUGUACGCUCAGGAGACCCGUGCACUUAAACUCACUGGUGCCCCUGUGCUCUUCCUGCCUGGAAAUGCAGGCAGUUUUAAACAAGCUCGCUCCCUGGGCUCCGUGGCCUUGAGGAAGGCAGAAAACAUGGAGGGAGGGCUCCACCUCAAUGUUUUCACUGUGGACUUCAAUGAGGAGCUGGUGGCCUUAUACGGUGGCAGCUUGCGCAGGCAGACACACUUCCUGCAUGAGAGUAUAAAGGCCAUCCUGCGUCUCUACAAGGAUCUUGAAGACGCCCCUCGCAGUGUGGUGCUGGUUGGCCACUCCAUGGGAGGAGUGGUGGCCCGGGCACUGUUCACCUUGCCCCGCUUCAACCCCCGUCUGGUCACCCUCAUCAUCACCCAGGCCUCCCCCCACCUAGCCCCCGUGUUGGCCCUCGACACAUACCUGCUAGAUUUCUACUCUGCAGUGAGACACAGGUGGGUGAAUCAGGCGGACGGUCUCAGGAACGUCACAGUGCUCUCUGUGGGAGGUGGUUACCGUGACUACCAGGUCCGCUCCGGCCUGACAUCCCUACCUUGUCCCCCAGGAGACUCCAGCAAGUUGUCACUGGUGGCAACUGCAGUUCCCAGGACGUGGGUGUCCACUGACCAUCUAUCCAUUGUUUGGUGCAAAGAGCUUGUUCUUGCCACUGUCAGGGCUUUGUUUGACCUCAUUGAACCUGAAACCAGACAGUUCUCAGAGAGCCCAGAGAGGAGAAUGGCUGUUUUAAACCAUCACUUCAUCAGACACCCUGUCAGGAUGUUGGAUGAAAGUCAGGAGACCUCCAUCUCCCUCUCAGAUUCUCCUGAAGCCUGGAGUGAAGUUAACACACUGCGCCUGGCUUACAGCACCCCAAAGGAGGGACAGGCCAAGUACUUCCUGUUUGCCCUGUCCAGUCGAAGGAAAGCCUACAGCCACUUCUACUGCCGGAGCAACAACCUGGAGAUGACGAGCUGGGUGUACGGCUGCACACAGAGGAAUGGCUCCUUGUGUGUGCGUGCAGUGGAUCUCUCCAUGGGAACCGAGCUUCUGCCACCAUACAAAGUGCUGAUUCUGAGUCUCAGCGACUUGGCCUCCAUUUCUCACCUGGUGGUUGGGGCCUCUAACCUCAAUGGCAAACAGUUCACAGUGGAGUGCGAGUGGCAGAGACAAGAAUCUCAGACGAUAUCUAUGCCAGUGCCACACGUCCUGUCUUUUGGUUUGACCAGCAGUGAUGUUGUGGUCAACUCCAGUGGACUUCAUCACACCCUCGUGCUGGAACACUUUCACCAGGUCUAUCAGGCUUUCAGAAUUAAUGUCGCAAGCCACUGCAAAGUACACAAAGAGAGGUUGCCCAACGUGUACAGAAUGAAGGUGCCAUGGUUUAGGGAGGACUCUCUAACCACAGUCAGUACUCCAUCAGUGACUGAGAUCUCAGGGAUGCUCCAUACGAGUCGUCCAGACAACACGUCAGGUGUCCUUCUCCAGCUCCAUACUGCCCCCAACUGCCAGUAUAAGGUGUCAGUGAGGACUUCAUUCCCCCGGGUGCUGGGACAGGUGCUGAGGUUCUGUGGUCCCAUGGUGCCAGUGUACACAGCUGUUACGCUCCUCCUUGCCAGUGGGGGGCAGGUGUCCUCCAUCCUGAAAACAGGCCGAGCCUUACAAAUGAGCCAGGUGGUAGGCAGAGGCCUGCAGCCUUACAAAGUCGACCUGCCGGUUUAUGUUCUGCAGCUGUUGCUUGGGUGUAGCUGCUUUCAGAAGGCCUGGUCCAUUCUCCAUCUUCCCUCCAUGGAUGCACUCCCGCCCACGUUCCCUGAUGGGACAUUUCAUGAGGGCUUAGCUGCGGUUGAGCAGUGGCCCCGCCUCCUGUCCCCACUCCUGUAUGUUUUAGGGGCAGCUGUGGCAUUUUGGGGCAGUAUGCUACUCCAGCUUGUUCUGCGCCUGAUGUCACUUAUGUUAGCUCCCCUACACAGACCGUCUGUGUCUAGAGACUGUGGCACUCUGCGUCUGCAGACCCAGCUCCUCAUCAUUCUGUCUCUGAUAAUUCUGGGCGGGACGUCCUGUGGAGCCUUGUCAAUCUUUGUCGCCUUUCUCCUUCACCUUUAUAGGGUGCUAAGGCUACAGAUGACAGAAAGGUCUUUGAGUCACAUGCUGAAUCUGGCACCACAGAAGCUCAAAGAAACUGAGAAUGGCACAGCUGAUGCCGAGGCUCUGACAAAGCCUAAAGAAUGUAAUGGAGCCCCCCUGCUGUCGGAGUGUGUACUGCAGGAGGUGCGGGAUGAUCUACAGCUCCACCUCUGCCUGUCCGCGCUCUUCACACUACCCAUCAUGCUCAGCGCACCCUCACUCAUCCAUUGGAUCCGCAACCUGAGGUAUUCCACCCAACUGGAUCCUGACCCUUGCUGGCCACACACUGUGCCUCUGCUUAUUGUAUACAUGCUGCUUAUUAACUGUAACACUCUGAAACUCAGCAACAGUAAACUCCUGCCUCUGACGACCUGCCUCCCUUUGCCCUUGAUCAUAGCCAUGGUGACCUUCUCUCCACUCCACCUCUACAGAGUUACUUACUUCCUGACAGCUGCACUGGUCCCUCUGGCUUUGUCUUGUCUGCUCUGAUGGUAUCUGGCUGGUAUCAGUCCCCAACUCGAACAGAAAAAUCCUUCUCUAGGUUACAGCUUGACUCACUGAAGCUGAUGAGACCGGUCCCGCUUCGGGUACUGCAUUUGUCCCAGCUGGGACAAAUCUAGCUGCCAUGGAGCAGAGCCAUAGACAUACAUAGUUUGGGGAACUGCCCGCUCAAUGUUAGCACUAAAGGCUCCAUGGCGAUUACACAAUGAUUUAAGAUGGGAAGGUGCAAUGGCCCUGGGACAUUUGGUGCAAAUAUGGCUCCAUUUGUCUAACCUGAAACCAAGUUUGCCUUACUCUGUAUAUCUAUAGCUCUGCCUUCAAGGAGCAAGUACUCCGCAACCAGUGAAGCUACCGAUACUAGAGAUUUUCAACAGGGUGUUACUGUUAACAGGUGGUUUUGCUUUUGUUUUAUGGCUUUUUCUGCCUCAUAUUUAUUUAAUCAUAACUACUAUGACACCUUGGAAUAUAAUGGCGUUCCUGGCAGUAUUGGGGGAAUAGGCCUGGCUUUGUGGACAUUGGUACAUGGGUUGGCAGUUCUGUCUGUGGAAAAUCUGCUACUUUUGACAAUGCCUGUGCCACCACAGAUAUCAAUCAUGGGAGUCUAACACUGAGUCAGGCAAGUGAAAUCAUCUUCUGCUAAAUGCGUUGGUAGAGUGGCAGUUCUUACAGUGCAUAUCACCACAUGCCAGGCAAAAACAAACUAACAGGAUGUAGUUUCUCAGCCAUUUUCCCAUCACAAUUUGGUUAAAGUUAAUUCACUGAUGCUGGGUCUCAGUUUCUUGGAUAGGGGUUAGCUCAGUGCACUUUGUUUUGCUGUAUUUCACCAUCUAGAGUUAGUUCCAUUUACUUCCUGAAUAGUCAAAAUUACCAUGAAUUACCACCUUGGUUGAGAUUCCAAAUGUGAUUAUACCGAAGAUGAUGAGAUAGUUUUCUUAGACUGCCUGAAGGUUUGCCAAGCAGGAGUGCUUUUCAGCUUCUCCCUGCCUCACGUGUGAUUGUGCACAUUCAUACCCGGGAGCCAGCCAGUUCAACCAUAGCCCUCACCCACAAACGACUCCACAUGAUCAGUUUAAGUUUAAGUGCCUUGCUCAAAGGCACAACAAUGGUGGUGACUGAGUGAAGGGGGAAUGUUAUUCUUUCACUUUAUGCACCCAUAUUUGCCCAAGCCAGUCAGGGCUUUGAACCCGCAACCAUCCUGUCCCAGUCCUGCUCCUGUUUAUCCUUCAGUCCCAGAUUGGCAGUAAUGCACACGUGGUGGCAGUUGAGAUGCAAUUACACCAAAGGUAAUGAGGUGAUAGUGAGAUAAAUGUGCUAAAUAGAUAAAUCUGCAUCAGGUGGUUUAGGGGAAAGUCAUAAAUUUUCAUCAGUGAGUUCAGUUGUUUAUGUUCAUAAUGGCAUCUCUACUGAAAUGUGGCAAAAGAGGCAGCAGCCCAGUAUUCUGUGUAGAACUGGAGUGCUGGGAUUGGCUAGGAUUGCAAAUUUUGAAUCUGUUAUAGACAUGAAAUAUCUCAUUAUUGUCUGGCAAAGCUGCAGAAUGUACACAGUCUGAAUAUUAAACAAAUUUAAAUGGUAGAUUUAAUAAAUUAUAAUAGUACUAUGAUCAUAAUGGUGAUAACAAAAUACAGCAAUUGUUACCAAAUGGAGCACUAUUUUUUAAGGCUGCUCAUUUUAUCUAAGCCUCCGUUUUAAGUUUAGUGGAGGUAAAUGUAGUCCCUAUUCAGUAAUACCACACUAAAACUUAAUUAGCAUGGCUAUGUUUCAGAAAGCCCAUAUAUCUCAGGCUUCAGCAAAACAGUCUGACCUUAAGUUUGAAAUUAAAGAAAGAAAGGCACAAAUCCUGUAAUACUGUCAUCUAAUCCCUGUCAAUAACAGCACUGUCUCAUACUCUAAACAUAAAGUGAUUUUAUUGCUCUUAAACUACAGUGUUGCAUGGCCAGGGCUACUGUUUGUUUGGAAAUUCUCAGUAACGGUAACAGCACAAGGGAAGGUGCAUAUCUAUGACCAAGGAAAAACACCACUUUUUCUGUAUUUCUUUGUUUUUCAACCCACUCAUCUUAAAAGAGUUAGUGUUUUGUCUUUUUUACAAUCUAGGGUCAGUCACAUAGUGUAAGAGGUCUUGUGGAUCUUGUGACAUUCAAAUAUCGUUUGUUUACUUUGAUAUAAUAAUAGGUUUUGGUUCAAUAUUUUGCCAUCCAAGAUCAACUUAGCGCAAGGUAUUACAAGGGAAAGUGUGGAAUAUCUGGAAGUUAUGAAAAAGCAAGAUAAUUUUAAAUGUGGGGAUUUAGGAACCAUUUGGGAAAUUUUAUUGCCACCAAUUAUUUUGAAGUAUCAUACACUUUGUUGCUGUUCUGACUGUUUCAUGUGUGUUUGUGAGUGAGUGUGUGUGUCAGUGUGCUGGGAUAUGUAAGGUCUGUUUUUCUUUUUUCUUUUUUUAAUGUGAUGUUUUGUCUUCUGUCUAAUACGAGCUAAGGUUGAUGAAUUUGUUGCCAAUAAUAUGUAACACUAAACCAGUUAACUAUGUUGGGAGAUUGUGCAUGAGCGCACAGCUGCCACACUGACACUCCUUACCUGUUUAAUGCAAGAUUUUAAUAGUUUCCGGUAGGACUGAGACACCAGUUUCACUUGCGUUUCUGGGUCAGUUUUGUUUGGUUGUAUAUUCUUCUCAUUCUAGUUGAUAACUGGCCAAAUGUAGAUAUUGUUGUUGUGUCAAGGUAUGUCCAGUGCAGCUAAAAUAGUGUUAGACAAAAUUUGACCUAUCUAAACCAUCAGUGAGAAACAAGGUUUUGGUUUCAGCGUCUCAGAAUCAAGAAAGGUUUUUAUUACACCUAAGUUCAGCAGGUACCACCCUCUCCACUGACAGCAGCCUGAGUAGACCAGAAUACAGUGCAGCUGCAGCUGUUUCUGUGGUAGCAUGUGAAAUACAUUGCUGUCCUUAAUAUUUUUUUUCUGGCAAUUUGAACAAUUGCGCACCCCAAAGCUGUUGCUGUCUUCACCCACAUAUAUACCUUACAGAAAGCACAUUUUUCUGGAGGUUGACAAAAGUCAUUCUGGGACAGACAGGAAGUCAGUAACUUAAGUAGACCGCAGGUUAAGUUGAGGUAGGUACAGCAAAAAAAAAAAAAAAAAUCAUAAAAUAACUCCUGGAGUGCACCAAACAUGACAGAUAUGUGUAACAGUGUUAGCGCUAUCUGAGGGUGUAUGUUUUUUAUGAUUUAUCUUCUGUCUUUUGAAAAUGACUUCAUGUCCUGCUCUUGCAUUGUUGCACAUCUCACUGCUAACUCCUGGUACUCCUCUCUCCAGUCAGCCAAGCAGCUACAGUGCCUUUCUGCUUUCUGUGCUCCCUAUUUGUCAGUCUGUUUCAUACCUGCCUGCCAGUCGACAGUAGACACCACAUUAUUGGCAAUGACGUAAUAGACUGUUUUAGUACUAUCUUUCAGCUGAGAGCUAUGGCAUAACAUUAGCUUGUACAUGGCAAAGAGCAACAGUGAACGCAGGGUGUAUUUUGCUAUUUCUGUGUGAAUGUGUAGACAGAAAAAUAUUUCCUAAAUGUCUAUAAUGAUGUUACAUUUGAGCGACUAUAUUACUAUACUAUAACAUAACCAAACACUACCCAUGAAGUGUAGAUGGUGAUUUUAGCUAGUCUAUACAAAAUAUUAGUUCUUUAGCUCCUGGGACCAAACACACUUUGCCCUUCAGGCAAGAGUAUUGUCAUACAUACAAAACACGUGCUCUGCAAAAGACCCUCGUGUCACCUGCACUGUGAAUGUACCUGCACCAAAUGUCUGUACGUGUGAAUUUCUAUAACACUAGUUGUGUACGUGGUAGCUUUUCUGUGCACUUGUUCGGUGCAGUUUUUAUGCUUUGACAUGCACAUUCUCAGCCUCGUUCCAAAUGUGAAUUGGUGGCAUUCACGACUUUUGUAGUAAUUAGUAGAAAAUUAGUAGAGAUGGACGUUACGUUUUCUAUGAAUAUAAUUGUGAUUUAUAUUGAUGUUCACUGUGACCAUGUUGUAGAUCCAGAUGUCAGUUUUACAAGUGAAGAGGUUCCCUUCAAAAUGAGAGAUCCACAUGUGAACAAUGUUUUGACAAAAUCAGCUACUUUAUAGGCAAAAAACUCACUGGAAUCAUUUUGAAGUUACUAGGAAACGGUCUACAUCUACAAAAUGAUAACUUUAGAUGGUGUAUCCAGUCAUAUUUUGAAAUACUGCAAAUCUGGUAACUUUUUUUCUUUCCCAUAAUGGAGCACAUAGUGCUUUAAAAUGAAACCCUUCAAGCGUCUCGUCUCAGAAAAACACCCUGAAAGCAGCCUCUGUAGAUCAACUUUUCUUGAACCCUUCACCUGACAUCGCCUUCCAAUCAGACAGUUAUUUCUUGUGUACUUGUUCUUUUUUAGUUGAGUGAAGGCAGCCGUAUCUAAGCUGUUUAUUAAAAAUAAACUUAAUGACCUUAAACUUGUCCUGGAUAAAAAAAAAUCAGGCAAUCAAGUUAUUCUAAAAGCAGACAAUAUUCCUAUCAUAAUACACUACCACUUUUUCUUUUUAUUCUGUUAUGUUAGGUAGAAUAGUCUGAAUUCAGCAAAUCAGUUGUUCGCCAUGACAGUGCACUCAUGUCAGAGAUAACAAUGUAAAUGUCAUCAGAUUCAGUAUCGCUGAUUUGUAGAGGCAUAAAUGGUUGAGGGAAAGCAAGUGAAAGCAGCACAUUAGUCUGUCUGAAGUUUAAAAUAGUCACUGCUCUGCUGUGUAGACCUGCUGCUGCAAAUGUAGACAAAGGUCAUCUCGACUAAGUGUCUUUCAUUACUUCUUUACUUUGUGUGUAAGAAUUACUUGAACAGUGAAGUGUCAAUGGACAUUUUGUUAUGUCUUAAAUGCCAUGCAGUGAAUGGACCUCGUGUAUGAAAAUGUUUCAGCACUUAUUGGACAGUACCAUUAUUUAUUGUUGUGGGUCCAGUGACAUGCUUGUCUUGAUAGUAGUUAUUACCUCAGAGCAUUUUUGUUUUGUUUUGUUUUUUCAACUGCUAUUGAAUUACUUGUCAUGAUCAUUUAUGUGCCAUUUAAAAGCCUCAAAUAAUUAUUUAAUAGGUUGUGUCAUGUGUUAAAUUAAUGUGCAUUACCUUCUGCAACCAAUUUAAUCCAAUUUAGAAGCACUAUCAGAUAUAUUUGUAAAUCCAGUAUCAUAAUGAAUUUAACUUCCAUAUGAGCUGUGUUUCUCCCAAGUCAAAUAGGAUUUUAAUCAAAGCACACAGGAAAAAUAAAUAAUCUGUGCCACCCAUUAAAACUGAUCACUGUAAAUAUCUACUGGGCAGCAGCCAACCACUCUAGCUGUUCUGUAGGUAACCACAGUCGUGUGACCUGAUUCGAUCACUCCCACAUUGAUAUCACCCCUUUGAUAUCAGCCAAUGGUAGAGGGAUACAUUUGAGGCAAAGUGCUUCCGAUUUGCAGCUGCAUGUGUAUUAUUUUAUUGGGGUAAGCCUAUAAAAGCUUUUGCCUCCUAGAUGCACUUGUAAAUGUAAACAUUUCCGAGUCCCCUCAAAACUGCCGGUGGACAGGAGUAUCCAAUUGGGUCACCUAACUAUGGUUAUCUUUACCUUUGUUAUGUUUCCAUCAAUUGGAUCACUCCCACAUUGGUAUGAAAACACCAGAUUCAUCAGCUAUCAGGCUACAGCCACAUGGGCCUUUUGGAGAGAAACAAUGGCCAAAGGUAAAGUUACUCACCUUCUGGGCCCCUUCAAUGUUCAUCUUGAACAGGAAUGUUUCACAGAGGAAAUGAAGGGCAAGUGCAUGUGGAGCCUUUAUAAUGUCACCCAAUUUCCUUUUCAUUGUGCAUGGCAGCGAAUCAGGGGAACCUUGUCUCAAAUGUAGCUCUCUGCCACAGAGUGAUCCAGUUGAGGGAAACCACCAUAAUCCAGCAUGAAAUGGAAGAAGUAUUCUCAAUGGCUGGAUUAUCAAAGUUUUCAGGAAGUGUUGCACAGCCAUACCAAAUAUUUACAAUCAAACAUUGUCACUGAUAAUUUUUUUUUUUUUUUACUUACAUACACAGGAAGCCUAUGCCAGAGUUCAACUGACACAUGCCAGAAACGGUUGUGUUGUCCAGUCACAUGUGGUUUUCAGUCCAAUCAUUGUAGUUGAUCUUAGUGCAAAAGACAGAAGAAACGGUUACUAAUUGAGUGAGUUAUGUGAUAAAGCUGUGUAUUACUGAGGAGUUUGUCACAACCUGAAUGGAUGUGACUCAGUGUCAUGGUUUUGGACGAAAUGGCAGUAAAAAUCUUCUCCUUAUUUUAUUUCUAUUGAUUUUUGUGUCUAUUAAUAAAUAACAUAUUUAACAGUGUUAAACUGGUUAAAUGGAAGUGAACAUCCACAUAUGUGUUAUUACUGUCUGGAAGUGCUUUAUAGUCAGGUAACUUCAUCUAUAUUCAUUUGCCUCUACCUAGAGUGACUUUAAAACCUAUAACCUCCUGUCGCUAGCUGGUCCUUGUUGUGCAGAACUAGUUAGUCUUUCUCUGAUCUUUGCGAUUAAAAUACCAGGAAGUUGUAUGAAAAUGAAAUGAAAAUGUACCUUCUGAGGGCCCUGUGUGUGUUUUGUUUUUUUUUGUUUUUUUUUCCUGUGAGGUUGUGGUGUGGACAAGAGAUAGAUACUGACAUAUUUGAUCCUCAGGUUUAAGCAUUGUUGUGACAAAGGGGAUUGUUUUGAUGUUUUUAUAUUAAUCACAUUUUUAUCUGAUGUCACUGUAAAUGGGCAAACUGUGCAAUUUUAAGCACCAUUGCUGUUGCAAUAAAACUAUCAAAGACAAUC